AUGCCUUCUGAGGCCAGAACCAGCAUGGCUGAAGUUGUGAUCACGCAGGAGGAUGUUUUGGCCAUGUCGUUGAUGGUUCAUCUGUGCGUCUUUUUGGAAUUACUGGCCAAUAGAUUGGUUGGGUGGUUGUCGCCAAUGUUGAGUGAAAGGUCGUCAAUAGUGAGAACGUUGACAAGCCUGCAUAGAAUGAAACCUGGUUUGCUAGCAAAAGUCCUGAUGGAGCAGACGACGCUUUGGAGUAUAAUUCUGCUGAUAAUGGUGUCCUUGACUUAUACAUCACUGUCGUUGACCCCAUUCAGCCACCAACCUCAGCCUUACCCGAAGUUUCUGGUGCGGGUCAUCCUGACGUCCAGCAUCGCUCGAUUCAGCGUCAUGGCUACUCGCAUUGUCCUGGUCAGAGAUCCCGUCAUUGGACAAAUAAAAACUACAGCCACUCCCGGGCAGUCUGGCCACGCCAUAUUGGACUUCUUCUACUGUGCAUACAGCGCGGCCACCAACUUCCUGUAUCUAUGCUACCACGAGAAUCUGUUACUGGGAGUGACAUCUAGUUUCAUGGAAGUGAGCUCCACGCCUGUUGAAUGCUGCCGUCUUAUUGAACAGUCUAACAAAGCUUUAGGCUCCCAGUCUUACCGUAAGACUACGAUUCUCACUUGCGCCUUGUGUUUUAUUUGUCGAGUUAUGCUGCCUUUGCUGUUUCUAAUUUUAGCAUUGAGACAAGAAUCGCCAUUUUGCAUGGAUGAGGUCCCUCUUGUAAACUUCUUUAUCAGUGGGGCCUUCUACGCUACCUUUAACGGUUUAUUUCUGUCGCAGAGCAUUCGACGCCUGCGGUACUCUUCUCAACAUCCAAUUCCCCAAACGUGUAUACAGUCUUCCUCUGCUCAAGUCCCAUUCUCUAUUCACAUGACAUCUAAUGAGACAUUACAGGGACAAGUCAACGACAACCAUGGACAGUCUCGCCUCAGCGAUUUCAACUACACGCUAAUAGAAACCUGCAACGACAAAGGUUUGCUCCGUGAUCUUGCCUCAGACAAUAUACAAAAGAGCUAUCUUGUCCAGAUGGACGAUUCAAAGCAAUCGGUUGCCAAAAAGAGCGCGAAAAGUUCUAGUGGAGACAUCUUAGGCAGGUUUCAUUUCAAUAGUUACACAGGUAGGACAACAGUGAAAAGUCGCAGUUACGAUUGUUUAUUGGGCAGUCAAGAUCUCGUCUGUGAAGAGGAAACUAUGAUGUUUGUGGGUGGACUUAAUAAUCAAACCGGUAACAAUGAUCAGUCGGACUUGGAUCACACUGUAGUAUUUGUAGAGCAAACGGGCUCGUUCGAGAGUUAG